AGCAAAUACCUACCGAGGAGCUGAGACGGAAAGGAAUACCUUUAAUUGCUUUUUACACCUUUUGACACAGACCACUUUGGAUCAUUUGUUGAAAACCAGCAAAAGGGGGGUUGAAAGAAAACAAUCAUCUGCAUAAUUUGCUUUACAUUUUCCCCCUUUUACCUUUUUCCCUGGGAGUGACGGACUUCUAAGUGCAUCAGUAUGUUGAACAAUAUGGAUUUGAAUGCGAAAGAUUCUUUUUACCCUCAGUUUGAGAAUUGCAACAGUUCUUCUCUGGGAAUGGAAAACAGCGUGCGGAAAGAUAACCAGGAGGUGUAUGUCGAUGCAGAGCGGGGGGUACCUGCCCAGUUUGGCCACGAAGGAACCCCUGCAACCCUCAAAACCGAAGCCUCCAACUCGGAAUUUGCUUUUAACCCCUGCGAGUGCCCAAAAGACACCUACACCCCCUCAUCGCUCGCCUACUCUGGCAGUUUCUAUGUUGAGGCAUCUCAGGGAGCGCCGUGCAGCACCGAAACACUUCUCAAUAUGAUCACUGAGAUCGUGGGUAUAUCCACACUGCCACUUUCAGAAGUGCAACACAGCGGCAACAGCCGGGGAACUUAUCCAUCGCCUGCGCCGAUGGACAGCAGCAAUGGCAAUUUUGGAGACCCCGGCGUCAAAAGGCAAUCCUACACCUGCUCCGGACCUACUCCCCCUGUGUACUCUCCAGACCAGACGUGCCCGAGGUACUCCGAUGAUCAGGCCGGCAGCCAGGCCCAAGACCCGUCCACUUCCCAGCUGAGCUUCGGCUCCUCCCGAGCGCCAAACCAGAAGAAGGAUGAACCAAAGUCAGAGGCUGCUUCUUUCCCUGUCGUGGUCAAGAAUGAGUUUGAAAGCAGCUGCUACGAGUGGGGGACAUUUAAUAAAUCUGGCUGUUUGGAGACGACUUUCCAGACUGAAACCUUCCCAAUGUCGAGCGAUUUCCCCCCUGACCAGCAAAUGGAUGUUAAGGAACUUUUAGAUACAUUUCCCCCAAUUUGUCCCAACCCAGAGAUGGAGUUUAAAGUGGAGGGAGGUAUCAAACAGGAACCGUGUUUCUCUGACACCUGUUCUCAGAGCUACUCCAGCCCCCUGUACAAUAAUUACCUCCCACCCCCUCCGAUGGGCCUCUCCUCCAACCUGAAACCCUUCCCCGAGCCUCCACAGCCAUCUAAUCAGUGUGAUUCCUUAUACACAUCACCAGCUUUACCGAGCACCAUAGACUCCAUCCUGUACUCUUCCUUGUUGCCAGAUUCUUUCGCCCAAAGUUACACCACCCGUGCGACGAAACCUCCCAGGGCCAGGAAGAGCCCGGCCGCCUCUCACGGCCCAGCCAAAGAGAAACCCUUCACCUGCCCCAUGGAGAGCUGCGACCGGCGCUUCUCUCGCUCGGACGAGCUCAACCGGCACAUCCGCAUCCACACGGGCCACAAACCUUUCCAGUGCCGCAUCUGUUUGCGCAGUUUCAGCCGUAGCGAUCACCUUACCACCCACACCAGGACUCACACCGGGGAGAAGCCGUUCUCCUGCGACGUCUGCGGCAAACGGUUCGCCCGGAGCGACGAGAGGAAACGGCACGGACGAGUACACCUGAAACAGAAGGAGAAAAUGGAAAUAAAGCCACAGGUGACCACCGGCGCAUGGACUUUCACUCUUCCCGAGGGAAUUUGAAGACAAGGCUAUGUGUACACACAUUCUAUAUUAGGAUCUUUCCGUCUUGGAAGAUAAGCCAGCUAACUACAAGUUGAUGUCUGAGUUGGUUUGACUGGCAGGCCAAUGCCUGGCAAAAGAGGUUUUGCAAAUAUUGCAGUUUUUUUUGAGGAGUAGAAAGGAAUAGAGAGGUCUGCUUCGGCCUUAAUGCCUGCUGCUGAUGCUGCUGACUUUAUGCAAAAACAUGCAUAAGUUGUAAAAGUCGGUAAACAGAUCAACAGUGACUUGUUGCUGUUACUGUCAGAGCCAAACCUCUCUGCUGCGGCAUUGCAUGACUGCUGUUCAGCACCUCUUCAUCUGGACAGCUCCAACCUCCAUUGCCUCUGAGCCUGGAUGGAUUGCACUUACAGAUUAUUAAUAUCUCCAUUUAAAAUUCUUAUUUUCUGCUUUUAGCAUUCUUAGAGCAAUGGUUUGGACUAUGUUUCUUAAAAUGCAUGUUUAUGUCAGUGUUUUUUUUCCUUUAAGCGGAAUAUCAACCACUGUCAAGGUACUCCUUCACUCCACAGUGAGGGUUAUUGACAUGAAUGUAGGCUAACAUAUUUAUGGCUUUGACCAUAAAGCUGUCCAUCUUUGAUCAAAUUUAGUGUUUGUUUAACUUCUUAUCAUUUGGCCGUCAGUGUUUUUUGUCAUUGGUCUUUGUGUUGUGUUACAAUUGUUUGGAUUAUUACAAUUGUGAAAGAUAUAUCAUAAAUGGGAAAUAAAUAUAUUUGUAUUACUGUACUUCUUUGUAUUUUUAUAGCUAACUGUAUAUUUUACAUUUAUCACAUUUGAGCGUCAUUUAUCAAGGUGAAAUGUAUUCUAAAUCAUUAAUAAUGUCUUGGUUAUCGAGGGCUAUUGUUUAGUAACAUAAUAUUUUAAAUGUUACAAUUUGAUAUCAGAAACAUUUUCGCACUUCAUCCCAUUGUUGGUAUGAUAAGAGUUAUUUCAUUGAACUGCUGAUCUAGAUUUAAAAAGGACCAGUAUGUAGUACACUAAUUGUGGUACGGCUUUUCAACAAAAAAUAUUUUACAAUAUGUACAGAAGUAUGUUUAAUCAAGCUAGAAAUGACUAGCAAAUCAUAUAAACAUUGCUUUUGAGUAAUCAGGUAGCACACAUUGCUGCGAGUUUCUGUGGACUUUACCUUGGACUUUACCAUGAAGGGUUUUGACUCCUGGUAUCUUUUUGCUGGAGAUACUGUAUGCUGAAAUGUUCACUUUAGCAAAAAAAAAAAAAAAAAAAAAAAAAAAAAAGGAAUAAAAAAAGAACAAUGUUGAAAGUUUGGUGAAACUUUCACCAACAGGGUACUGCAAAAAAGUAAUUUAACUCGCCUUAAGUUAUAUUAACUGUUGAAGUAAAGAUUUUGUAUAUACACAGUUUCUACAAUACUUUAAAUUAAUAUUGAUGUUGUUAUUUUUAUGAAAAGUUUAUGAACAAAAUAAACAUUUUCUGGAAGCAGCAAGUUUCUUGUGCAUGCUUUAGAAUGAUCAAAAUGACUAUUUUCCCUUUUUUCAUUUCGCCCAAUCUGUUCCAUACAACACUGAGACCCCCCAUCAGAGCAUUCAGAUGAGUGUAUCUCUUCCCAAAAUACACAUUACUGUAUAACAGUCCACGUGUGGCACCACACUGCAGCCCUAACAUUAGACAUCACAGCUUUGACCCGUGACUCACAAGGCUUUUGACUCAAACACAUUAAAGUGAAUACCCUAUUACUCAGUGCCGCGAUUCUAAAUCCCCUCGCCUUCAAAGAUCACUUUUCUCAUGUUCUAAAUGUGGAGAUGAAUGCCGUGGUCGCUGUGGUAAUCUCUACAGGAAACUUGUUAAACAGGAAAUUUUCUUGCCAUGUCAAUGAGAUGAUCUGAUGCUCUCAGUUCAUUCAUCCCUUUGUUCAUUCACUCAUCCAUUUUUGCAAUAAAAGGAUAUUAAUU